CCGUGUGGGGCGCCUCUUGGCUUUGCUGGAGGGAGCCCCGGCGAGUCAGCGAGCGAGCGCGCCCGACUGGGGAGCUGGGGCUGAAAGAAAGAAAAGAGGGAAGACCAAUGGCUUUGGCCUGAUGAGGUGUGAGAGGAACAGAUUCCUUGGCUCAGACAACACAUCUGAUUGGUUCUGCACCGGCUGUCAUUUGUUUUCUUAUGGCUGACAAGGUUUCAUCUGAAGUUUUGGCUGGUGAACUAACUGAGCCAGAAGACUUAACUUCAAACUCUCAUAUAUUCAAGAGUAAAAACUUUAAGACAGCCAAAUCCUGUAACAUCUGCAAACAGACAAUUGAUUCCAAUGGCGUUUCAUGCAGAGUUUGCAAAUAUGUUUGCCACAGGAAAUGUGAACCAAAGACUUCCAGCAGUUUUUUGAAAAGCUCACCUCUUUGUUGUGACAAAAUCUUUGAAAGUACAGACUUUGACCACAUUAUGGAGGAAGGUUAUGAGCUGGACCUGACUUACAUCACUGAAAGAAUCAUUGCUGUAUCCUUCCCAGGCAGCUGUUCAGAGGAAACUUACCUACACAACCUCCAUGAUGUAACUCGCAUGCUUAAAUCCAGGCAUGGUGACAACUACAUGGUGUUGAACCUCUCUGAGAGAAGAUAUGACUUUGCUAAGCUUAACACGAAGAUUAUGGACGUGGGCUGGCCUGACCUCCAUGCCCCGUCACUUAAUAAGAUAUGCAACAUUUGCAAGGCUAUGGAAUCCUGGUUGAACAGUCACUCUCAACACGUUGUGGUGAUCCAUUGCCGAGGUGGAAAAGGAAGAAUAGGGGUAGUGAUCUCAUCCUAUAUGCACUUCACAAAUGUAUCUGCAAGUGCAGAUCAAGCCCUAGACAGAUUUGCAAUGAAGAAAUUCUUUGAUGAUAAAGUUUCUGCUUUAAUGCAACCAUCCCAGAAAAGGUAUGUGCAGUUUCUGAGUGGCCUUCUCUCUGGAUCUGUAAAAAUGAACACAACCCCUCUAUUCCUACAUUAUGUUAUCCUACAUGGAAUCCCAAACUUUGGGGUUAGUGGAGGUUGUCAACCCUUUCUGAAGCUGUAUGAGGGCAUGCAGCCAAUUUAUACAUCAGGAGUAUAUAGUAUAGGGCCAGAGAAUCUAAGCAGGGUCUGCAUCGCAAUUCAACCAGCCCAGCUGUUGAAGGGAGAUAUUAUGCUAAAGUGCUACCAUAAAGAGUACCAGUCUAGUACUCGUGGUAACAUUUUCCGCCUGCAGUUUCACACAGGUGCUGUUCAAGGAUAUGGCCUAGUAUUUGGCAAAGAAGACUUGGAUAAUGCAAACAAAGAUGAUCGUUUUCCUGACUAUGGAAGGGUUGAACUGGUGUUUUCAGGAUCCCCAGAAAAAAUUCCAGGAUGUGAACAUCUACAAAAUGACCAUGGAAUAAUAGUAGACUGUAACAGCUCAGAUUCUUUGGUUCGCUGGGAUUCUUAUGAAUGUCUGAGUCCUGAUGGUGAAGUGUUGCACACCCAGGGUCCCAUUGAUGGCAGCCUUUAUGCUAAGGUGAGGAAGAAAAGCUCCUCUGAUGCCAGCAUUCCCAGCAGAACCCAAGGUGCCAUAACCAGUAACCCUGAUCAUAGUGAUCAUACUCUGUCUGUUAGCAGUGAUUCAGGACAUUCUACAGCUUCUGUAAGGACAGAAAAAACUGAAGAACAUCCUCCUCCAGGAGUGAAAAGAAUCUUGAGUCCCCAGGAAAAGGAGGAGCUUGACCAGUUGCUUAGUGGCUUUGGCCUAGAGAACUCAGUCAUUCCACUCAUGGAUAUGACUGAUGAGCAAAGCAAAUACAGUGGGACUCGCCACAUAGUGCCAGCCCAAGUUCAUGUGAAUGGAGAUGUCAAACACAAGGAGAGAGAGACAGAUAUUCUGGAUGAUGAGAUGCCCACUCAUGAUCUUCACAGCGUGGAUAGCAUUGGAACAUUGUCUUCCUCUGAAGGCCAGCACUCUAACCACCUCGGGAAUUUGAGCUGCCAUAAGAGCAGUCAGAAUUCCCUCCUGUCAGAUGGCUUUGGAAGUAAUAUUGGGGAGGAACAUCAUAACAUUCUGGCCACAGAUCUGGGAAUUGGUGUCGAUUCUAUGUAUGAAAGACCCUUUGGAAGGACUGAUCCGAAGCAGUGUCAGCAGUUGUCAAGAAAUCCUCCCGUUUCCACGCAACCACCAGCUUACAGUCCCAGUAGCUAUUCAACCCAGACAUGGGUGCGCCAACAGCAAAUGGCAAUUGCUAACCAGUAUAUCUAUUCCCCAGAGAAUGAAGUUGGACUUGGUACUCAUAAAAUGGCUGAAAACCUGGGCAACCUGCAAAAUCAAGCCAGAGUUCCAGAUACACCUGCCCGAGGUUCUAGCAGUAGGGAUGCUGUCCAAAGGGGGCUUGGGAGUAUACCAUCUCCCAGUAAUGUAGCAGAAACAUCUGAACCAGAGGUUUUUAAAUUAAAAUUACUCUCUGAGAAGGGUGCAAAUAAUGAUGAAUUGAAACAGAAUACGAGAAGCAGUGUUGGAGCUCUGCCAUCCUCACCAACUUUGGACAUUGAUCAGUCAAUAGAGCAGCUAAAUAGACUAAUUUUGGAGCUGGACCCAACAUUUGAGCCUAUUCCCACCCGCAUCAAUGCUAUUGACAGAGAUACAAAUCAGCUGAAUGGCUUUGCCAGUCCUCAAAUAGACGUGGAAAGGCUUGGGAAGAGUCCUAGAUUCUAUGUGAAAACAGAGGUCACUAACAAGAACUCUUCCCAUCAGGGUGAGUUGUUUUAAAUAAUACACAAAUGA